AUGUUAGAUUUUUUGAGGCAAAAUCUUUUUUUAUUGAUUACCUUUGUUAUUGCUAAUGCAUUUUAUGCAAUGGCCGCUCCCGUGCAUGAUGAAAUGAAUCCUGGCUUGGUGGUCCGUGAUGA